AUGAUGGUUGAAAGAUCCGGCACUAGAAAACGUAAGAGAGGUGAUCCUGACCCCACACUCACGACUGUUCGCACUAUCCUCGAGAUGCCGAUACCCCAAAAAUGCCUGGAAUACGUUAACAUGACUGACGAGACUCGAGCAACUCAAGGUACCCAGAAAUGGUUGGAAUUAAAGGAUUUAUAUGCCUAUUACAAGCUACAGAUGCCAGAGGAUGAAAUGGAAGAUCUUGAAGUAGAACCGACUCCUGGAGAUGAUGGCGCGGCGGGUGCUGAAACGGCGGAUGUAGACCAAGCGGAUCAGGAGAUGCCUAAUUAA